GGCGAAAGUUGUGUUGAAAAUGCGAUUUCUCCUCUCGCUCUCGGUUUUCAUUGUUUGCGCGCUUCUCUCGGUUUCGGCGCAGAAACCGAAGAACGCGACGACAAUCGCGACGACGACUCAGACGUCGAACACGACGGCAGACGACAAACCGCCGACAAUAAAUUGGGGAAAAUGUCCGCAAUUGGAGCCGAAGGACAGCGAAAAGCGCGCGAAACAAGCGGUUCUCGAGACGUGUCUCCAGAAACACCCGAUUCCCGCGAAUCUGACGCAACAGUCCAUCGAAUCACACCAGAAGGCGAUCGCCGAGUGCGCGCUCAGAGCCGAGAAGUGGUUCACAAAAGCGGGAAACUAUCGCUUUUCGAAAGCGGAAACAGAAAUCAGAGCCAAAAAACUGCAAAAACCGAUUGAAAGCCAACUCUUGGCGAAUCACAAGAACUGCGAGUCGGAGGCGAAGCGCGAGUUCCCGAAGACGGCGAUCAUCGACCAGAUCCAGCUCUACCAGGCGUGUGUGCGUCACGUGACCCGUAGUUAUGGUUUCACAGCCUUUCUAACUCUAAAUAUUCACUUUCAGAUGGAUUUCCACAUUUCGAACGUUUGCGAAAUCAAAGUCGAAAAUUCGAAAUAA